AGGACAUGGGAAAGACCUCGUUUUCUUACCUGGGGAAAGGAGUCUCAAGAAGGCGCUUCCAUACGGCGCGACCCUAAACCGGUUUCAACCUGGUUUCCGGCUCUCCCCCUCCUGAAAAGAGACAAAACUCCAUAAGAGAAAAAAGGGGUUUUAGUCAGAAAUUAAAGAAAUAAAAUAAAAUAAAAGCCUUGGUUCGCCCUCCCCCAGGUUUCUUUCUCAAAAGUGGUUUCUGAGAGGGUCGUUAGCGGCAUGUAUAGUUAAUUCUAUUGCCGUGCAAGGAACUCUGGGAAAUGUAGUCUUGGGAGCAAUGCAGAGAAUGGUCAGAUAGUGACUCUCUCCCUACAACUCCCAGGGUUCCGCGGGAGGGGAAGCGAGUGGGUGGCUAACCGGUUUAAGUUUGCAAUGUAGACAUUCUUCUUAAAGACCCGAGGAUUAGAGGCUGGACUCCGAAAGGACUCCUCUGGAAGACUGCAUUUUUUUUGCCUUCCUUCCAUUUUCCUUUUUUUAUAUAUAUACUUUUAAAGAAAAGAAAGGAUCUUCUGUCUGGAACCUGCACCCGGAGAAUCACAGUACAGUAUUUGCUUAGUGAUCGCUGCAGCUUUGCCAUGGAUACUGGAGACGAAAAGGCUGUAGAGGAGAAAAUUGAGGUGAUCUUAAAGGAGGUCCAGGCCAAUCUUAAAAAAGAGAGGGAAGAUGAAGAUAUGCCUGAGGAUCCAGCGGAUGGCAAGGACAUGCUGAUAGACAGCAAGAAAGGUGAAGGUUCAGCAACCAAUGACAACUUAAAGGUGGUCUUCAAGGUGGGCCUGACCAAUCUUAAAAAAGAGAGAGGAGGUGAUGAAGAUACGCCUGAGGAACCAGCGGACGGCAAGGACGUGCUGAUAGAGAGUGAGAAAGAUGAGGGAUCGGCAACAAGUGAUGAGUUAAAGAUGGCAGAUGGUUUUUCUGGGCGUAUCAGCCGACUGGUGCCUGAUUUCCAAGCUUCUCACAGGCCAUCUACGUCAUUGCAAGAAAACGAGGUUCAGCAUGAGAAAUUGCAGGCGAAUCUGGCUGAUCCGUUAGAAAUCAGAAGGGACAGGGUUAAAACAGAGGAGGACAGUAGCGGUGAUGAGUUGCUGAUUGAAGAUCCUAAAGAAGAGGAGAGCAGGAAGAGCAACGAGGCGUUGCUGGAUGCUGAAGUGAUUGACCUGAGAAAAGAAGAGGAUGGAGAGGAAGGGAACAGCUGCGAGGAGAUAGUGGAAGCUGGAAGCUUUGCGAGCAGGGGAAAAGAGGACCCUCUGGCACUGAGACUUGAGGAACUCAAGCGCAAAUACGGCGAUUUAUGUCAGAACAGUCCUGCCUUCCAGGAGAUGCUGCUGCGACUCAAAGCCGGCUGGUUAGGCCAGAGCAAGGAAGGGGAGCCUUCUCUGGGGAGCUUGGAGCGAUUGCAGUUGAACAGGAUGAUGUGGGGAGGAGACGAGGUUAGCUUUCCCCAGGGUGAAGGCCAGCCUGGAGCUUCCGAGGGCCGCCCAUUGGACAGCAGGGGUCCGAUCUCCAUUCCUUUCGGCGGGGGCUUCUUCGAUUUCAGCGAGUUUGCUGUCCAGCAAAGCUUCCUCCAGAAGAAGGGCCAAGAGGCCUCGAAAAGCUUUGGGGCCAGCCUGAGCCAAAGCUCGCAGUUUAGGGGGCCGGUGGCGCCGCAGCCAGUUGAAAAGCCAUACAAGUGCAACGAGUGUGGGAAGAGCUUCGGGAAGCGGUCAACCCUGAACACGCACGGGCGGACCCACACGGGGGAGAAGCCCUUCAAGUGCAUGUACUGCGACAAGCGGUUCAGCCAGAGCUCCCACCUCCAGCUGCACGAGAGGACCCACACGGGGGAGAAGCCCUACAAGUGCCUGCUGUGUGAGAAGAGCUACAACCAGCGCUCCAGCCUCAUCAUCCACGAGCGCAGCCACACGGGGGAGAAGCCUUACACCUGCCUGGAGUGCGGGAAGAGCUUCAGCCAGAAGGCCACCCUCGUCCUGCACGAGAAGAGCCACCGGGGGGAGAAGCCCUACAAGUGCCUGGAGUGCGGGAAGGGCUUCAGCCUGAGCGCCGACCUCAUCCGCCACCAAAGCAUCCACACCGGAGAGAAGCCUUACACCUGCUCUGAGUGCGGGAAGAGCUUCAGCCAGAACUCCCACCUCAUGGCCCACAUCCGGACGCACACAGGCGAGAAGCCCCACAAGUGCCUGGAGUGCGGCAAGGGCUUCAACUGGACCUCGGAGCUCAUUGCCCACGAGCGGACCCACACGGGCGAGAAGCCUUACCAGUGCCUCUACUGUGAGAAGAGCUUCAGUGUCCGCUCGAGCCUCAGCAAGCACGAGCGGACGCACACGGGCGAGAAGCCAUACAUCUGCCUGCAGUGCGGGAAGGGCUUCAUCCAGCGCUCCAGCCUGGUGGCGCACGAGAGGUCCCAUACGGGUGAGAAGCCCUACAUGUGCCUGGACUGUGGGAAGUGUUUCCGGGAGAGCUCCCAGCUCAUCGCCCACGAGCGGACCCACACCAGCGAGAAGCCCUAUGCCUGCCGCGACUGCGGGAGCUGCUUCAAGGCCAAGGCGGCCCUGAUCCGGCACCAGCGCUGCCACCUGGGCGUGAACUCUUUUAUUUGCGCCGACUGCGGGAAGAUCUUCUCCUCCAGCGCCGAGAACCCGGAGAAGUGCCCUGAGUGUGUCAACCUGAGCCUGAUGGUGGACCUCUCGCAGGUGUCCAAAGAGACCUACCCUGAGGUGGCGGAAGAAGAGGAGGAAGAAAAUGGCAGUGAGGUUAAGAUAUGAAAAGUAUUUUCCCCUCUCUUUUUCCAAACAGUCAACACUUGCACCUCUUUCAAAUAGAAAACAAAAAACUACGCCACAGCUGAGUGAACUUGUUUGGUGGAUAAAGGAGGCGGCGAUGGGUGUAAUUGCCUUCUUAAAACUAGUUGUUGACUAGGCUGUGAAAAGAAUGGGCAGCCCUUCCCACCUCCAUUUUGGCUAACUGCUUCCUUCUUUUUCCUCCUCCUCCCUCCAUUUUCUGCCCCUGUAUCUUUAUCUCCAUGCUGUUUUUUUGGUGAGGAAGGGGAGCUGGAGAAGCAUGAGGUGGUUGCUUAGCACCAGUCCGCCAUCUUCUCUGUCUGCCUCCCAGUAACCUGCAACCAUGAAGAGGUCUGUCCCUGGAAAUAACAAGCCCGUAUAUCUAAUGGUUCCCUUCCUGUUGCCAGAAAGACAUUUUCAGACCACCAGGAGAGAAAAGAGGAAUUGGUAGGAAGAGAGAUUGAGUGAUGUGGUUUGGGGCCUACUUCAUCAGUCUUCCCCCAUCCCCUGCCUAAAAUUUACUUUGUUCUGGUGAGGAGGGUUUCGGCUAGCAAUCAGAAACCAGCUGGCAGCACUUGAGAAUCUGGUUUGGCCCAGAUAAUCCUCCUUUACCGCCAAGCCCUGCAGUGGAUUCUUAUGUAACCUGAAUGUGACAGAAGCUUUUUUAUAUGAAUUCCUCCAAGGCUUUCCUCGGAAUAAGGGAUAAAGAACUUCUGGCUAGCAGGAGGGAAGCCAAGGUGGACACACAUUUUAAAAAAACAUACACCAUCACUGACUGGAAAUCCAAGUUGGCCAAGAAGCCAGUCCACAUGACUUUAUCGAUGCGUGGCAAGGCUCCGCAUCAGUGCUGAUGCUUUUGCCCCAACCCACCAGAGGGUUGGUCCUGAAAAUUGGGUUGGAGGUGCAUCAUCAUCAUGGGAGUGGACCAUUAAUAGAAGCCAAACUGGUUCUUUUUAGACAAAUUGCAUUUUAAUUGUGGGAAAUGAAAUUCAGUUUUCUGUCUUGUUUAGCAUUUGACUUGGGUAGCAGGCUCCACUUAGCAGAAUAUGUGUUAUUUAUUUUUCAUAUAUAGUUCGCCUCUUGGUCACGAGAAAACAGUUGUAGGGAACUUUUGCUCUCCAGGUGUUACUGAACCACAACUCCCAUCAUCCCUGGUCAUUGGCCAUGCUUGCUGGGGCUGAGGGGAAUUCGAGUCCAGCAAGAGCUAGAAGGCCAAAGGUUCCCCACCCCCUGCAGUAAAGGGCAGGCUUCUUGCUUGGGACAUUAGGGUUAGGGGAGUUGUUGACUCAUUCAGUACCCCCUACACACACACACUGUUUUGUUUUGCUUUUUAAAUUAAAUGCCCUGAAAGCAGAAAACUAGCACAGGAGGGAGAAGAUUCUAGCCUAGCCUACUGCUUGCAAGGAGUUUAAGGAAUCAUUUUAAAAAAAGAGUAUUCCCCAUUUUCAAUUGGAAGUAGUUCUGGUCCAUUUUAUCAACUCGGGCCUCCCCCCCCCCAAUUCUGCUGUUUGUGGAGAGCAGGCCUUUGAGGAGAGUUGGGGAGCUUCCGGCCCUCCAGAUGUCAUUGGACUCCAUCUCCCAUCAAGACCAGUCUGCAGAGCCAGUGGCCAGGGAUGAUGGGAGUUGUAGUCCAGCAACAUCUGGAGGGCUACAGGCUUCCCUUUUCGUGCCUUAGAGCCUGUCUACACAUUAUACAGGAUGAGGUGAUAGACCUUGAUGCUGUACCACAGGUGUGGGGAAUCUCUCCCCCCCCCCCCGAUGUUACUGCAUUACAACUCCUGUCAGCCCCAGCAGAUGUGGCCAACGGCCAAAGAUGAUGGGGGUUGUAGUUCAGCAAUACCUGGAGGCCCAAACGCUCCCCACACUGUAUUUAGAUAGGAAGGGGUUCACUGUGGGCUAUAAUGCAGGAGGCCCACUCUGUACUGAGCUGCAGCUGACCCGUCCCUAUGUGUGCUGGUGCAGGAAUUUGACGCGGAAUGUAGUGUAGCCCUCUGACGGUUGCUGGACUCCCAACAUCCCUCACCAUUGGCCACGCUGGCUGGGGCUGAUGGGAGUUGGAGUCCAGACCGUCUGGAAGGCUGCAGGUUCCCCAAAUCCGAUAUCAUGGUAGGAUUCUGGACGGUGCAUAGGGGAUGAACCAAAUUCGAGCAUAAAUGGGAGACUCGAGCUGGGAUGGGCAACCUGUGGCCCUCCUGAGGUUAUGGGCCUCCCAACUCCCAUCAGCCCCAGCCAAAGGGAUGAUGGGAGUUGGGAGUCCAACAACCUUGGGAGGGACACAGGUUGCCCAUCCCUGCCUCAGAAGGUCCCAAACUGCAAAUGAAAGUCCCACAGGAGGAUGCCUUCUCCCUGAUUCUUUUUUUCUAAGCAGCUCAAUUGAGGGGAGUCUCGAGUAAUUCCCCUCCCGCCCCACUUUAACACAAUCUUACUUGAAUUGACUCAGUUGGUUCAGAAGAAGUCAUUUUUCAGAAUGUGGCUGCAAUUAACUCCUGGGACUCCACUGCCCCAGAUGCCUUGCCAGAAAGUAUGACCUUGGUCAUACCUGCACUUUCCAUUUAAAGCCCUCUUAUACCGCUUUUAACAAAACCUUCAAAGUAGUUUGUCAGUGGUGCCAAGAGUUGUGAGGAGACCCCUAUUCACCCUCACAGAGCUACAAUUCCCAGAGUGGUUUAAACAGUCAGAACCUCUUCCCAGGGAAUUGUACCUCUGUGAGGGGAAUAGGGGUCUCCUAACAAUUCUCACCAUGCCUAACAAACCACAGUUCCCAGGAUACUUUAGGGGAGGCCAUGACUGUUUAAAGUGGUCUAUGCUGCUUUAAACGUCUAGGGCAGAUGUCACUCUCCCUAUACACAAAAAGAUAUCCUGUCUGAAGAAGGGUAGAUUUAGAAGCCUGAUGCCCAGGUCCUCCAGAUGCAGGAAAAUUAAAAAUAAAACAUAGGGACACACUCAAAUGAGUGAUUUCCCCUCCACGUGUAAUGCUUCCAUCUGUUGUUUCAGGUAAACGCAUAGCCUUUGAGAGUCUGUUUUGGAAUCCGGAAAAAGCCAAUGCUACAGGCCUCCUGGAAGUGCGGCAUCUAGGAUGGCAUAGCUCUGUGAGAACUAUACUACUGUGCUAUGGCUACAUUCACACCUUACAUUUAUUCUACUAUUGUUCCACUUUGAACAGUCAUGGCUUCUCCCAACGAAUCCUAGGAAGUGUAGUUUGUGAAGGGUGCUGCUGAGAAUUAAGAGUCUCCUAUUCUCCACAAAGGUACAACUCCCCGAGUGGUUUAAUGUUCAAUCCCUCUUCCCAGUGCCUCGGAAUUGUAAGUCUGGGAGGAGAACAGGGGUCUCCUCACAACUCUCAGCACCUUUAACAAACUACCGUUCCCAGGAUUCUGGGGGGGAAACCAGGACAGUUUAAAGAGAAAUAAUAGUGGAAUAAAUAUGGCCUAUACCCUGAAUUCUGGAAUCAGUCCUCAACGGUUACAGGGUUACCUGAGAGGAAACACACAGGGAGAAUCACACCUCUCCUUCCACCCAACAAUGUAGCAUCCUUAUUGGGAAUGAGGAACCUAAGGCCAUCCAGGUAUUGUUGGAUUUCACCUCCCAUUAGCCCCAAAUGGCAGGGUCAGUGCUCAGGGAUGAUGGACGUUGUAGUCUACAACAUGUGGAAGUCGACAGGUUGUCCAUUAACACCACCAGAAUUUCUGCUGUGGUGUGUUCCAGUUUUGGGGAAUCUUUGGUCCUCUAGAUCAGCCUUUCCCAACCAGUGUGCCUCCAGAUGUUGUUGGACCACAACUCCCAUCAGCCUCAGCCAGCAUUGCCAAUGGUCAGGAAAGAUGGGAACUGUGGUCCAACAACAUCUGGAGGCACACUGGUUGGGAAAGGCUGCUCUAGAUGUUGCUUGAUUACAACUCCCACCAUCCCUGGGCAUUGGCCAUGGCUUGCUGGGGCUGAUGAGAGAUCAGCAACAGCUGGAGGGGCCAAAGGUUCGUCUCACCUGCUCUAGAUGUUUUUGGUCUCCAUUUUCCCCUCAUCCACAAUCUACAUGGAAAAUUGUCAGGGGCGAUGAGAGGUGUACUCCACCAACAUUUGGAGGUCCACAGGUUCCCCACCCCCAGUGUAUGCUUUUCAGGGUAGCUUUGAAGCUGUGGAUCAUAUCCCAGGCAAGUUCCUUUUCCCUGUAUAACUGUACAUAAACUGUAUUUAGCAGGAAAGGAGCAAUGUCAUCAAUUGCUCUCCACUGCUGUCCUUGAUCAUUGUUCCAAUAUCCAAAUUGUACUUCGCUCUUUUUAUUUUGCAAAUGUUCUUUCCCCCCACACCCCACCCUUUAGCUUAGCUCUGAAUACAAUUACGCUUUGUUUUGAAUAUCUUUGGGGCUCUUUUCUGCUUUAUUUCUUAAUGCUCAAUAAAAUUGUCUCUCUGAAAGCAGGAAU